CCAUCGACAUCAAUCGCCCAAUUUCCUCUACUGCUUCAAUAGUCUUUUCUUUUCAUUCAUACUGCGAUAACGAUGGCGCCAAAGGCAACAGCUGACAAGAAGGUCGCCGAGAAGAAACCAGCAGAGGAGAAGAAGACCGUCCCCGCCGAGAAGUCACCCGUAGCAGACAAGAAGCCAUCCAAGGCCGGAAAGAAGGUCCCAAAGGACGCUGCCGCUGCUGGCGACAAGAAGAAGAAGAGGCCAAAGAAGAGCGUUGAGACCUACAAGAUCUACAUCUUUAAGGUCCUGAAGCAAGUUCAUCCAGACAUCGGGAUCUCCAGCAAGGCCAUGGGAAUCAUGAACAGCUUCAUCAACGACAUCUUUGAGAAGCUGGCUCAGGAGUCGUCCAGGCUUGCCCGCUACAAUAAGAAACCGACCAUCACCUCCAGGGAGAUCCAGACGGCGGUGAGGCUUGUACUUCCCGGAGAAUUGGCCAAGCAUGCUGUCUCAGAGGGGACAAAGGCGGUAACUAAGUUUACAAGCAGUUGAAGAACAGUUUAAAUUGAUGGAUCUAGGCGAUGUAUUUUUAAAAUUAGGGUUUGCUAGCAGGAAGUGUGCUACUUAUGGAAGCUAUUGGAUGUUGAUGUUUUUCUAUAUCUAUUUACUCCAGUGAUGAAAUUAAAUAUAAUUCUCUGUUCAUUCAAUCACUAAGCAUUUCAUGUAUGAGCGUAGUUUUAUCUUCCAAUUGCCUAAUAUCCGAAGCUUGGGAAUUUAUAUAAAUCGAUUGUUUUGGUUUUGGUUAGUUCUUUUGAUAGAAUCCUUUGCCG